CGCUGGUCCGCAAUAUCUUUAGUGACUUUCGUGAGAUAGGAAAGAGAUCAAGCCAAGCCAAGUCUUUGCUUGGACGGGUGGGUAAAGGAGGAUAGUGACCAAACACAAUAGGAUAAUCACGAGUGUCGUCCGUCCUUGCUAUUUGGAUAAGUAUGUCAUUCAUUUCAUGAUGGUAUGGCAUCUCUACUCUCUAUGAACUCAUAAACGUAUGAUAGCUGCACUCCCACGUACGAAAGAACUUAAUAUAAAUAUAUAUAUAUAUAUAUUAUUUAACAGUUUUAACAUUUAUAGGAUAGAUAGGUACAAAUAUGGCUUCAAAUGAUUUGAAGGUAUCACCCAACAACCAUGACCCAACUGCAAAUGAGGCAACAGAGAUGGUCUGCUAAAUUCGUUGUACUGCUUGCUCGUUCGCUCAUAUCAAGAAUGGCAGUUCCAAGCUCCUCCUCCUGGAUUUCUGGAGGCUCACCCGUUACUGGUUUCACCUGUUCCUUUGUUGGGUUUUCCAGACAUUGGCUCAAUCCACUCCCCACCAAAUUGGCAAAGAAUGAGGAGGCCCAAGUAAGAUCACUGCCUUCAGUCCAGAGAAGCCAAGUCUUGAGACUUAAGGCUGCAAGCAGCUCCCUUGGAUUGGCACAGGAACACAUGAGCUAUAAUUUGAAAGAUGUGGGUGAAAUUGAUGGAGGCCAGGACUUCUUUGUUGAGAUGAAACAGAGGUUUCUUAAUUUUAAGAAGCAGAAAUAUAUAAAGGAAUCGGAGUACUUUCAGACUAUUGCUGAAGCUCAAUACCCAAAGUUUAUGGUGAUUGCUUGUGCAGACUCUAGGGUAUGCCCUUCUAACAUCCUUGGGUUUCAACCUGGAGAAGCCUUUAUGAUUCGGAAUGUUGCAAAUCUUGUCCCUCCACUAGAGAAUGGGCCUUCAGAAACUAAUGCUGCUCUUGAGUUUGCAGUAAAUACUCUUGAAGUAAGUAAAGACCUUUACUCUCGGAAAAAAAUGAACCCUCUUGACAUUUUAAAUUGCCUGAGCACUUGUUUCAGUCCCUCUGCUCGUUUACCGAUGAAAUCACAAAUCUACUGUUUCCAGGUUGAAAAUAUUUUAGUAAUUGGUCACAGUAGCUGUGGUGGAAUACAAGCCCUUAUGAGCAUGCAAGAUGAUGCAGACUCAAGAAGUUUUCUUCGUAAGUGGGUCGUGAAUGCAAAAGCAGCCAAAUUAAAAGCAGAAGCUGAUGCAGCCCACCAUAGCUUUGACCAGCAGUGCAGACACUGUGAGAAGGAAUCAGUCAACCGUUCGUUAAUGAACUUGCUUACAUACCCGUGGAUACAAGAUAGAUUCAGAAAAGAGUUGCUCUGUAUUCAUGGAGGGUAUUAUGAUUUUCUAAAUUGUACAUUUGAGAAGUGGACUCUUGAUUUGAAGGGAAGCAGCAUUGAAGAAGGGGGCACAUUCUCUGUCAAAGAUCAAGCGUUUUGGUGUUGAGUUGUUUGCUACAGGCUGGGAUUGGUUGGUCUAAAAGAUCCAAUUCAAAUUAUGUAACACAUCUGUCUGUAAAAAGGAAAGUAAAAUCAGGUUCAAUUGUAAAGUUGAUCAUUUUACUUUUAUAGGAACUAGAGUAGAGAUAGAUGGAAAAUUAUUAGAUGUCUUAUUUAGAAUGUGUAAAUUUCGUACUCUUUUUAAAACUAUGAAUUACGAGUUCCUUUUAUGUUGUCACAAAA